GCUCGGGGGGGGGCGGAGAUAGGCGCCGGGACCCGCUGCUGUCAUUCAUUCGUUCUCGCGCACACGAGCGGCUCCACACACGACGGCGGGCUGCGGGGGGGAUUAUGCAGAUGUCUCCGUCGGCGGCCAGCUGAGAUGAGUGUGUCCGCGGAGGGCUGCGGAGUCCGGGCCACGCGCACCGCGGGGGGUGAUGGCGGCAGCCUGAGCGCAGAAUAAGCACGCGACGGACGACCGACCGGGGGGCAGCAGGGCAGGGGAGGGAAAGGAAGAGAAGGGAGGGGAGGGGAGAGGAGAGGAGAGGAGAGGAGAGGAGGGGAGAGGAGGCAGCAGCGCGAGGACCGCCGUGCUACAGAGGCGCAUCGCGGACGCGCAGGAGCGAAGCAGCCCGCGCGCGCGCGCGCGCACCAGGAGGCGUCGAUCCCAAACAAAGAUCCUGCAGACCGAGGCUCUUGGACAUCAUCGCCAGGAUUACGAGCUCCUGAGCCGGGGUGGGGGGUGGGAGGGUCACCAGGGACGCACGGCUCGCUCGCCCUUCCUUACACACACACACACACACACACACACACACACACACACACACACACACACACACACACACGCUUUCGGGCAAAUAGACGGCGCGCUUGAAGCCACACGGCCGUGUGCAACAAUGUGUCCUCCGCUGUGGACUCGCAGUGCAAGAGCACUGUAAUUUAGAGACGCGCCAGGACGGCUGGACUCCCUCUGAAGGACGAUGCCGACGGUCCGUCAAUAGGCCCGUCGCUCCUUCCGCCUGUCGUCUCGUCAUUUGAGGAAGGCGCGGCAGUUCUCGGGGGGUUCCAGUCCCACACCCUCGAGGCAGCUUCGGUGGCUCGGAGGAGGAGACGAGCGCAGGGCUCUGCGCCGCUCGGGCCGGGGCGGGACGGCUCUAUAGCGUGGCUCCGCCGCGCCGCUCCUCCUCUUCGCUGCCGAGACCCAACCCGAGGGACCAUGCUGACGAUUCUGGUCGCCGGAUCCAUCUUCUUCCCGGGCCUCUUCCUGCUGUCCAAGCGGUGCCUGAAACACGCGCCCGGACUGAGAUGGAGCGAAGGUGACGCCGUUAUCGUGUCCGCCAGGCUCGUCUCGUCCAUCCAGGCCAUCAUGGCCUCUACGGCCGGGUACAUCAUCGCCACCUCCUGUGAGGACAUCAUUGAGGACCAACACUGGCUCACGAGCUCCUACAUCCUCUUCGCCGUGCCGUACUUCGUCUACGACAUCUACGCCAUGUUCAUGUGCUACUGGUACAAGCUGCAGGUCAAAGGUCACGAGGACAAGUCGAACCCCAGGGCGCUGAGCGUGGCCUUCACCAGCUACCUGCGCCGGGAGUUCCUCAUGGUGCUGCACCACGUUGUCAUGGUCACCGUCUGCUUCCCUGUCUCUGUGUUCUGGCGGCAGGGGAGGGGCGACUACUUUCAGGGCGUCAUGUUUCUGGCGGAAGUCAGCACUCCAUCCGUCUGCCUGGGAAAAAUCCUCAUCCAGGUACGCCUCCAUCCCGCUCUACAUGGUGCCAUUCUCAGUGCCCUGGCAGUGCAACCUGGGCGCCGCCCUCCUCAUGGCCCCCCAGGUCUACUGGUUCUCCCUCAUCUGUCGCGGGGCCUUCCGCCUCUUCGCCGGAUCCUCGCGGAGCCGCGCCGCACCCCCCGCCGUCAAAGCCGGGUCCGCCGGCCACGCCCCGCUGUCCCCGCCCGCCAACGGCUACAGCCCCCGCGAAUCGGAGAGAGAGACGGACACACACUGAGGGGGGGAUGGGUGGGAUGGGGUGCGGUUGGGGGGAUGGGGUUGGAUGUUUGUGGAGGAACCUACAGGAAGUCAGGGGAAUGUACCAAACUGUUUUUAAUUCAUCUUAUUUAUUGGUUCAUUUGUCUGUUUAUUUAUGUUUAUUUAUGUUUAUUUAUUUUGAGUUGAUACCGAACCAGCGGAGGACGGUUUCUCAGCUCGCCACAAACGAGACGUGCAGAUGUGCUGAACUUUGGGAACCGUGGGAUGGGCUGGAUUCCUCUCUGUCUCUCACCAGCCCGUUACGAUAGACCACGUGAGACUGGGUUUCGGGGGAGGGGUUGUCGGGGGUUCUGGGCGGCUGAGCGCUGACCCAUCGCACGGCUUUAGAGCGGGCGAGCGCCGACGCGAGACGAGAUGCGCAGGAUGAGGGCGCCUCCCACCAGGAAGGAACCCGUCCUUCGAGUGACGGAGAGACAUGGGCCACUUGGAGGGAUCACACUGAUGUGGUGCAGGCAAAAGGAGCAGAGCUUCUCACUGGGCCCCGUUACAGGUGGCGCAGCGCUGAGUGAGAAUGUACCAUACUGUACGGGGUUAGUGAAGAGGAAGAGGAAAAACAUGCUGUUUUUGACAUGAUGUCGAUCUGCUGUUGGCGCUCUUACUCCAGAGUGGCGACUUUCACUGACUCCGUAGCGCUGUAGGAGUAUCGUGUGCACUCACUCGCACACGCGCACACACACACGCCCACACACACACACACACACACACACACACACACACAAAGAGUUUGCUUCAGGAAAAAGAUGCCCGCGUUUUCCUGGGACUGUGUCAUGCUGCCUUAUGCCUCCUCACCUGUGCUCCUUGUGCACCUCCAGCAGGGACAGUGAUUGGCGGGGACAGGGACUGGGAACAGAAGAGGGACAGAGACAGGCAUGGGGGACGGCAACGGAGUGUUUCUCCAGAGCCGCAGUGUGACCAGUGUAAAUAGCAAAAAGUACUUUUAUUUAAUAGUGUCAGUCAUGUGUUAGUUCUCAUUUAUGUAAUGAUACAAUUUAUUACCUCAUUUAGUGUAGACAUAGUGUAUUUAUUUGUUUUUAUUUAUUCAUGAGCUGUGAUUUCCGUUUUCUUAGUACAGGUCGUCUCUUUUAAUUUUAGACGCAGAUGUUUUCUGCUAGCGUGCGUCGGUGGCGGGGGUGCGGGGGGAGCGGGAGGGAGCAGAGGGCAUCGCAGGAUGCCACAAAUAAGGCAGAAUGACACACGAGACCCAGCGCCGUCCUUCCCAGCACCCCGCGCAUGUCCACUAGGCUUCCUUCCUUAGACGUGCAUGAGCUACGGGGCAGACGGCCGACCGCAGGUGUGGUUGCGAGUGUUUCGCCCCUUUUCUCUCCAGUGUCGGGACACGCACGCCCUGCCGUGACGCAGUAUUAUGUAGCUUAGGAGAUGUGAAUAGGUGCGGUACGUAAUGUGCGGACACGAGUGCCUGGCGGCACGGUCAAGAACUACCGAGAUACUUUAAAGGCCGGAGUGUGUCCAGCAGCGACUCACUCGACAAGCACGCGCCCUCCGUCCGGGCCCUUGGAUUCCCGGCCUGUUUCCGUGUGGAAGUGUCCUACCCGGUUCCGCGUCUCCGGGGUCCGGGGGUCCCGGUGUCUCGGUCCAGCAGCACGUUCGCGGCCACACGCCUGCAGCGGUACUUCCGAUACCGUACCGCGGGAAACACUGGCGUGUCGACGGACACGUGCUCUGUGGGACUCGAGCGAGGAGAGCGGAGCGACGUGCUGCCGCGUGCCCCUCUCCGCCGCACGGUACCCGCUCCACUGACAUUGUAACUCCUGCACGAUAGCAACGAGAGCAUUGUACCUUUCAUUUGAGGGGAAGAAAUCUUCCCACUUCUAGCACAUGCUAUGGUACCGGCAGUUGUCAUUAAAAGUAUUUAAACAAGCGUACUGUUAUCUUCCAUAACCUCUUUUCUUUUGUUAUUUAUCUAUUUAUUUUCGAGGUUUAGAAUGUACAUAUUUAUACAUAUAUAAAUGAUAUAUAUACUGUUUUGGCUUCUGUCCCUGUUGACUGCUAUCUAAAGGCUGUACCGUAUCAUAUUCUCUUGGCUAAAAUAUACUCGG